AUGACAAAUGUUAAUGCUCUUAGCGUUGGUAAGGACGAUGUUGAUCAGGUAAUAGAAGAUGAAAUAACACGAAAAUUAGGGGAAGAUCUCGUGCAGAGUAUCGAGAAGAAAUUUCAAGUGGAUCUUGAAAGGUCAGUAGACAUGGUGCUGUUGAAGGUAAAGCUUUUAUUGCAAAAUGGAACCCAGCACAUUCAGGAGAAGCUUCUGGACAUACAAGGGACUUUAGAUGUGAUGAAAACUCAGGCGGAUAAUGAGGUAGAGAAGUGCCUAAUAGAGAAACAUAAGGAGACAUCAGCGCUGGCUGAGAAAGCAUUACAUCAAAUGGUGGUUUGUGGAUACGCACUGAUUGGUCAAGACCCGGAGCAGGCUGUGAGGAAGGUCAUCCUAUUGAAGAAUAUUAUCAAGCAAGGAGUCAAGCCUCUCUACGAACAAAAGAAAGAAAUUUAUGGCCUCCUAAAAGUCUGCGGGCACGACCACGGCUCUUUGACGAAGGUCGUCAAAUGCGUCAUAUCAAAGUCACCGAUAAUAAAAUCAGCAAUGAUGGAAAUAACAGGGAAACUGAUUAAUGGAAUCAUAGAUUUAUCCAAAUUGAUGGCACACGGAGCAAUGCACGAAGCUUGUCUCAUUGAAGUAAUAAAGACAAUCGAAGAUGAAGCUACAGAUUUAAUCAUAGAUGUUAGAAAAUGCGCCUUUGAAAAUAAUACCGAAUUUGAAAAUUAUAUUAUGCAAAACAAUGCUACCGUUCUUGAUAUUAGUAAGGCAAGUGAAAAUGUUGCAUCGAAUAAAACGAGUGUAAAGGAAAUGCAAGCUGUUAUAAAAGAAAUGUUAAAUGAAAACAGUAAUAACAACGUGGACGAAAGAUUUAAGAAGAAGUUAUAUAAUCUGCACAAUGAUUUGAAAGCUGCAGAUGCAAAUGCAAAUAUUAUUGACGUGGCAAACGAUUUGAAAAAUAUUGAAUAA